GAACAACUUUUGUGUUUCAACUUGGCAACACUUGGUAUUCACACAGACCUUUUUAGGAAUCAGUCGCCAUUUUUCACAAUAGAGAGCCAGAAACAUGAGUGAAAGUCAAGUUACGAUUCGUACAAGAAAGUUUAUGACUAAUAGACUUUUGUGUAGAAAACAAAUGGUUGUUGAUGUACUUCAUCCAGGAAGAGCAACUGUAUCUAAAGUUGAAGUUAGAGAACGAUUAGCAAAAGCAUAUAAAACAACACCUGAUGUUGUGUUUUCUUUUGGAUUCCGAACUCAGUUUGGUGGUGGUAGAACUACAGGCUUUGCAUUAAUCUAUGAUACACUAGAUUUUGCUAAAAAAUUUGAACCUAAAUACAGAUUAGUAAGGAAUGGUCUUGCUGAGAAAGGAAAGAUGGGAAGAAAACAAAGAAAAGAAAGAAAGAACAGAAUGAAGAAAGUUAGAGGAACAAAGAAGGCUAAAGUUGGAGCAGCAAGUGGUAAAAAGCGUCACUAAAUGAUGUCCUUAUGUCAUCAUCUUUUUUCUGAAUACUACUGGGUUUUUUCUAUGGAAUCUUAUCUUUUUUUCUUUUUUCUGCUAUUUCUGUGAAGAUUUUUUAUUUUCUGUAAAAAAUUUUUGCAAUACUGUAAUU